AAAACCACCAGUCUACAAGCAAAUCAAGUACAGCCUAGAUGACAACGACAGGUCAAUGAUUUUCGCCAUGACCUGCUGGUCAAAGAAAGAGAACUGCAAGAUGCCAAAAUAAGGAAUCAGUGUGAAGAAGAUGGAGUUUCUACCUCUGUUGAUUACUUACUGUGUGCUGUUUAUAGUUGGUUCUCUAUGCUUGCUGUAUAGGGAUUCAGCUCUCUUGUGUACAGGACCUAUUGGUGCUCUCAGACAGAUUUUAACUGAGAGUGUAGAGAGAAUUGUUCCCAGAAGUAUCCAGAAUGUUCUUCUCAAGCUGUGCACCUAUCUGCUGUAUACAAGGAACUGUGCAUUUCAACUGAUCUUUCUGGUAUUGUGUAUACUAGCACAUGUUGUAUGGCUAGUGGACAUGAUACCAAUCUUGUAUCAUCACUACCCAAAUCACAACCAUACACUGUGGCCUUUUGUUGCUUUGUUUACAAACUAUUUUUGCUGGCAUAAGGCUUGGACAGGUGAUCCUGGGGAAAUAAAACCUAAUAACAGUACAGAAUAUGUGCAGAUAUAUGAACCAGAUGGUAUUUUGUAUGAAGGAAAUCCAGUUUGUUCAACAUGUCAGUUGAAGAAACCAGUUCGAUCUAAACACUGUGGUAUAUGUAACAGAUGUGUUCACCGCUUUGACCACCAUUGUAUCUGGACAAAUAACUGUGUAGGGGGACUAAACCAUCGUUACUUUAUAUUAUUCAUGGUCACAUUACUUGCUAUGUUCCUACAGGGUAUAUAUGUAGGUAGUGGGUGUGUACUUCAGUAUGCUGAGGAUAUAAAACUGUUCCAAGCUUCAUUUGUAGACGACGAUGGCAGUGUGAAACCUAUGACGAUAUCUGUCGCAUUUCAGCAUUUAUUUAUGGCACUGCCUCGCCUGGUGUUCCUGGUAAUUGCAUUAGUUGUAUUGACUGUAUUAGUCAGUAUAUUCCUAAGUCAUCAUUUGUAUCUUAUCUUCACGAACCAGACGACAAAUGAAAGGUAUAAACUACAGGAGCUUCAGAAAAAACAGGCAGACAGGAGUGCACCUAGUAGUUCAUAUACCAACAGAAAUAGUUCAAACACAGAAAGAACUAACACUAAAGUUAUUCAUUCAAAAUAUAGACCAUUUUCCAAGGGGAUGGUCAAUAACUUUUUGGAAGUGUUUCUCCCAUACAAUUUCAUGAGGUCAAGAAUAAAACGUCAAUAGUU